AUGGCUUCCAAAAUCAGCAGAAGUGGUCUUUUUGUUGAUGUGAGUGCUUGUGUAAUUGAUGAGGGACUUCCUGUUUCAGUGGCGAGUACAUGUAAAGCACAUUGUAGGCUUACUGAACAUCAACAUCAGAGGAUGAGCCAAAUCUCAUGGACUUUCCAACACUUCCGCCAAAUUUUGAGGACAUGCAUAGCCGACAGAGACCUUUUAACAGGCAAAUCGCUGCACACACUCUACAUCAAGUCUGUCAUCCCAAUCUCCACCUAUGUCUCCAAUCACUUGAUCCUCCUCUACGCCAAAUGUGGACGCUUAACCACUGCCCGAAAAGCCUUCGACACGACCCCAGAUCCCAAUGUCUUCUCCUUCAAUGCCAUCAUAGCAGCCUAUGCCAAAGAAUCGCAGCCCCAUAUUGCUCACCAACUGUUCGACAAAAUUCCCCAACCCGAUCUCGUCUCUUACAACACUCUCAUCGCAUCUUACGCCGACCGCGGUGAUACUUUGCCUGCACUUCGCUUGUUUGUGGAAAUGAAAAAAAUGGGUCUUGACAUGGAUGGGUUCACUUUUUCUGCAGCCAUCACGUCUUGUUCGGAUGAUAUUGCUUUGAUAAGUCAGCUGCAUUCAGUGGCAGUUUCGGGUGGGUUUGCUUCUUUUGUUUCAGUGAAUAAUUCCCUGAUUACGUAUUACAGCAAAAAUGGAUAUUUAGAUGAGGCCAAGCGGAUAUUUUAUGGGAUGGGUAUGAUUAGAGAUGAGGUGUCUUGGAAUUCAAUGAUUGUGGCAUAUGGGCAGCACCGGCAAGGCUCGAAGGCAUUGACAUUGUAUCAAGAAAUGGUUCGAAGAGAGUUUUAUGUUGACAUGUUCACUUUGGCAAGUGUUUUGACUGCGUUCACGUGCUUAGAGGAUUUGUGUGGUGGGCUUCAGUUUCAUGCUCAGUUGAUUCAAAUGGGGUUCCAUCAGAAUUCUCAUGUUGGAAGUGGUUUGAUUGAUUUAUACUCAAAAUGUCGUGGUGGUAUGCUAGAUUGUAAGAAGGUAUUUCAAGAAAUUCUGGAGCCAGAUGUGGUUCUUUGGAACACAAUGAUUUCUGGGUAUUCCCAGAAUGAGGAUUUCUCUGAAGAGGCACUCAUUUGCUUCAGGCAGAUGCAGCGUGCUGGCCACCGCCCUGAUGACUGCAGCUUUGUUUGUGUCAUUAGUGCAUGCUCUAGCUUGUCAUCCCCGUCUCAUGGGAAACAGCUUCACUCUUUGGCCCUUAAGUCUGAUAUCCCCUCGAAUAGGAUUGCAGUGAAUAAUGCUCUAAUUGCAAUGUACUCAAAAUGCGGAAACUUGCAAGAUGCAAGGAGGUUAUUUGAUAGGAUGCCAGAGCAUAACACUGUCUCUUUAAAUUCGAUGAUUGCAGGUUAUGCACAACAUGGAGUUGGUACGGAGUCAUUGCUUCUUUUUGAACAGAUGCUUCGAACAGACAAUGCUCCUACGAGUAUAACUUUUAUCUCCGUCCUUUCUGUGUGUGCACACACCGGAAAAGUCGAGGAAGGAGAAAAGUAUUUUAGUAUGAUGAAUGAGAAAUUUGGAUUAGAACCAAAAGCAGAGCACUAUUCAUGCAUGAUUGACAUUUUGGGUCGAUCAGGAAAACUCAAGGAAGCAGAGAGGCUAAUUGAAUCAAUGGCAUACAAUCCUGGUUCCUUUGGUUGGGGAUCCUUGCUUGGGGCCUGUAAAACACAUGGAAACAUAGAGCUAGCAGUUAAGGCAGCUAACCAGUGUCUUCAACUGGAACCUUCAAAUGCAGCCCCAUAUGUCAUGCUGGCGAAUAUGUAUGCUAGUGCUGGAAGAUGGGAAGAAGUAGCUACAGUUAGAAAACUUAUGAGAGAUAAGGGAGUGAAGAAGAAACCAGGUUGUAGUUGGAUUGAGGUGAACAGGAAAGUACAUGUAUUUGUCGCAGAAGAUAGUUCACACCCGAUGAUUAAGGAUAUCUAUGAAUUCUGGGAAGAGAUGUCAAAGAAGAUGAAGCAAGCAGGGUAUGUGCCAGAUGUGAGAUGGGCUUUAGUUAGGGAUGAUGGAGCAAGGCGGGGAGAAAAGGAGAUGAGGUUAGCACAUCACAGUGAGAAGCUAGCAGUUGCAUUUGGACUAUUAUCGACUAAAGAUGCUGAACCUAUACUUGUGGUGAAGAACCUGAGAAUAUGUGGGGAUUGUCACAAUGCAAUCAAAUUUAUAUCUGCUAUAACUAGGAGGGAGAUUACCAUCAGGGAUGCCCACAGAUUCCAUUGCUUCAAGGAAGGGAAAUGUUCUUGUGGGGAUUACUGGUGAUUAAUUGAGAAUGUUCUUAACUCCCAAUUUUUUUUAGGGCAGGAAGAACAGGCCAAGGUCCUGAACGACAUGAUGCCAGUGACUUGGAGCAUUGCAGCGAGAAACUCAUUUCAAGCUUCUCGGUUGUGGUAAUCUCCCACAAAUAGUACACUCAUGCCACUAGCUGGCAUACUAUCUUCAUAAUACAAACCCUGCAUACAGAAAUGCUUAUCAUCAAGUUAAAAUACACCACUAUAUUUUAAAUAAUUCAAUUGAGCUUUGGUGCUCUUGUUACAG